CGGACCCAGCUUUUAUUCUUCAUCGCGAACGAGCGCAGUUGAGCACAAAAACAAACUUGAACCAGACGAGCCGCGUGUCAACACUUUGCACUCUAUGUGCUCGCGUGAUGCGGAGACACUGAGAACGUUUGACUGAAGAGAUUUUUUUCUUCUCCUUUUCUUCUUAUUCUUUUCCAUUGUUGAAAAAAAAAAAAAACAACCAACGGGAAGGGCUCUGCCAAGAAAAACAAAAACAACCAUUUGGAAAUUAAGUUACGCGUCAGUGUGUGCGCACUUCGCCAACGGGGCGCACCAUGAAACUUUGAGAUGCACCUUCUCGCCUCGGUUGUUGUUGUUGUUGUUGUUGUUUGAGUGUCCGGUUUUAUUGCCUUUGUUGGUGUCAGCCCGUCACGACUCGCCGUGCCCAUGUGUCGGGGCUCAGGGACUUGAACACUCGGAACCUCGAAGGAGUGUAGCCAGAGUCAGCAUGGGGGCGAAGCAGAGCAGCCCCGUGUUCGAUGGCAGAACUCGAGCCUACUCCAGCUCCGACCUCCCGUCGAGCCACUCGGGCGGCGGGGAGAGGAUCGCGGGCUUCAGGUACACGGGCACGGGCACGGGGCCGACCAGCUCCGGCCUCAGCAUGCCGGCCGGCGGCAGGUCAGGGGCGCGCGCACUCGACCGGAGCCUCGACGGCACGGACGGGGACGACGAGGGCCAGCCGCCUCCCGACGGCCACAGGCUGCUCAUCGGGUCGUUGCCGACUCACCUGUCCCCCCACCUUUUGGGAGGUUUCCACUGCCCCAUCUGCUCCAAGUUUAUGGCGUCGGACGACAUAGAGAAGCACCUGCUCAUGUGUUUCAGCAAAACGCGCCUCACCUACAACAAGGACAUCCUGUCCAGAGACGCCGGGGAAUGUGCCAUCUGUUUAGAUGAGCUGGAGCAGGGAGACACGAUAGCCAGACUGCCCUGCCUCUGUAUCUACCACAAAGGGUGUAUAGAUGAGUGGUUUGAGGUGAAUCGCUCGUGUCCGGAGCAUCCUGCCGACUAGGACCUGCGAGAGUACAGUUCUAAUCAGCUGUACAUCAGCGUGGUCGAAACCCUGACCUCAACCCAACACUUGUCUGUUUGAGCCGAGCAUCAGCUCCUCAGGGAUUGUAAGACAUUAUUGUGUGCAAGAUUAUCAUAGAUUUAUCAUAUUGCCUCAUGGAACUGUGAUGGACCGUGGAUAUGUUUCUCUAGACGUCGUGCGUGAUGUUCAAAGAACCACUGAUGGAGUCAUUUUGUCUCCAUAAUAUAUGUGAAUGUCCCUUGUGCCACCUGCUGGCCUAAAGAGAGUUCAAGCAGCACAGGAUCUGAAUUGAACUGUUUUGCUGAAUGGGCUGUGGUGUUAGAGCAGAGGACUUGUAUAACCAUCAUGGUGGAAGCGUCUCUUUGCAGCAGAGAGUUGAGUUGAUGCCUGUUCACAGACUUGAUCAGAUAGCUGAGGGCUGAUGUUGUGCAAUGUGAAAAACAGCCGUACAGAUUUUUUUUUUAAUGCCAAUAUCAGCUUUAAGGGAUGAUUACAGUUUUGAUCAAUGUUAGAAAUUAAAUCUUUAUUUUAUUGCAAAAUUGGCUAUCACUACUGUUUGCUAAACAAUCAUGUGCCCUAGACCAAAUAGUCUUACACGAAAGUCAGACUUCUGUUAAUCAUUCGGCCUUUCAGAACCACAGUCAUGUGUUUGUUGUUGUGUAGUGGUGAAGUUGAGGAUAGGGUUAGACAUAUCUAAUGAUGAUUCACCCUCUCCCUAAGGAGUGCCAUAAUAUGCUGCUAUGUCAUAGACUGGAAAGUUUUCCUAUAACCUUUGAACCCUUGUUCCUUGUAUUUUGUAUUGUACUGUAAUGGAUUGCACAACAAUAAAUGUUUUGUCUUUGUGUCUCUUUCUGCA